AUGAGAAACCAAGGAAAUGUGCAAGCUGUUCCUUCCUCCAGCUUCAUUUUACUUCCAUCACAGCCAUCUCUGAGUAUUUUCCAAUGUGAAUCUCAUCAUCAGUCAGAGCAACCCACAGGCGUGACCUUGAGUCCACAUCUUACCUCCUUAGACCCCGAGAUCUUUAUCAGCCAUCUCUCUAACUCUCUUCCACUGGUUCUCCCAGCAUCAUGUGGGCAUUUUCUCUUCCCUUUCUCUAUUUUUCAUGACCAAUUUGUACCUCGUUUGUCCUUUUCCCCAUUUUCACUCCGGGUGCACCCUUUCAACACUUCCUACUUGAUCUUUAGAAUUUCUUUUCUCCUUGAACUUAUGUGGAGACUUUGCUAG